AUGUCAACGACACAAACCGGCGAUGAACGAGCAAAUUUAACUCGAACAAAUCCAUUCAUCUCGAUCGCCAAUACUUACAUGCACAGCGAUUCAAUCAAUGAAGCUCGCGCCGCACCUGCGCCGAUCAUUAAUAAUAGUGACGAAUCUCCAACAUGGGUCGAUUCAUUAUCUCGUUUAGAUCGACUUCUCUCCGGUAGUUUACUUCGAUUAAGUUAUCUCGUUAUUGACGUUAUCCUUCUUUCGCUCGGCCUUUACUAUGGUAAAAAUACGUGUUCGCCCUCCAGUAGUGUCAUCGUCAUAUCCAUUUGCAUACUUGUUUUUGCAAGUCUUGAAUUAGCUACGAUAUGCUUGUUUUUUAUACGAAAUUGGCGAAAACGUGAAAUAUUAGUCGUUGGAGAUACAAGCUCCAGCGGAUACUCUCAACGAAAUAUGCUGCAUCUUCUUCGAUUUCUGUGUAUUUGUGUGGGUACAGCUUUUGUAUUCGGCUCCAAAACGUCAUCAACAACCAAUUGUGAUGCCGUUCGAUUUUACCUUGGUAUCGUAUGUUUCAACACAUGGGUUUUAUGGUUCAUUGCUCCAUCAAAAGCAACGCUUCCCACUCGACGCUCGUUAGUUUCCGAAUGCUUAAUUCGUUUCUUAUCGAUUCUUAUGCCAUGUCUCUACAUCGGUUUUGUUCUCUCAGCUAUACUCAAAGUUCAUAGUUCCGAAUGCAUCUAUAGUAACGUCGAAGAUCUUUAUUAUCGUGCCCCACUGAAAUCCUUUGGUUAUGUUGGUCUUCUUCUGAACAUUUGUAUAAUAUGUGAUCGAAUUUUCGACGGAGUAAUCAAUCAAAUCUUUUACCGCGCACGAAAUCUACGAAGCAUCUUUCUUUAUCUAGCAGCUAUUCGUUAUUUGAUAUCGUAUUUGAUAACAUUAUGUGUUGUUUAUUACUUUUCGAUCGGAGCUGUUCUCUUAUUUUCAUCUCGGACAGAUAAUUCGUGCCGACAAGUAGCUCCUCAAUUGCACAAAACUUUAUUUACAUGGCAAAUUAUUUGUGUGUUUUUACCACUUAUUGUUUGGCCAUUGACAUGUCUUCUCUGUUGUCUGGGAGUUACAAUCGGUACUUGUCUUGCUGCAUGCUUACCUGAGUCCAUUACUGUUCCACUACUCGCGAUAAUUCGAGAAAGAUUUCCUACUGCUCCAGGCAUCAAUACUGCAGAGCCUCCUGCAUCGCCAAAUGUGAUCAAUGCUUUACCCGAUGUUACUUUUGGUGAGAUAUCAGAUCAAUUUGAUCAAAAAGAAUGUGUGAUUUGUCGAAUGGAGUACGAAGCAAACGAAAAGGUGAAAAGAUUACCAUGUGGUCAUCUAUUUCAUGUAGAGUGUAUCACCAAAUGGCUUGAAACCACACGAGUUUGUGCCACGUGUCGCCAGCGUAUUACGUCCACAAGCACAAAUCUAUGA